AUGUCGUUCAUAAGUAGUAACUCAAACGACUACCCGCUCUUUGUAACCACAGUAGUGGCUCCUAUGCCUAACAGGCCCGUUUCUGAACCCCAUCAGCAUCGCCCAAAACACCAUGUCAAGUUCAGCACUGAGUUUGAGGAACGUGUUGUUGAGGAGGCCCCGAGAACAAGGAGGGCAUACGUGUCACAUUAUCAGCACACUCCAGUUCGUCAGAACUAUGUGGUUCAAGAGGCAGAAGAUGUUGAUGAUGAAGCUGAUGAGUUUAUCAAGUUCGAGCAUAAGAAAUUCCUGGUGAGCGAGCAGCGUAGCUUGAGAGAUUAUUAA